CUAACAAUAUUAUUAAAAUCUAACUCGUUUGAUUUUUUUCAAAUAUUAUAGCCAUGCAGCAAAUUAUGAGGUUAUGACGCACAUGCCAGUUUCACAGCUUUGGUUAUACAUAAAAUACUCUGUUAUGUUACACAUUCAUUAAAAACUUAAAAUUUAAAGAAGAGUGAAGUAUUUCCGUGAAGAGAGAAGAGAAUCAGGAUACUUCAGAAUGCUAAACUUUUUAAAUCUUAUUUUUUUACUUAGUUACGUAAAAGCGAGGCUGAACUCAGCAAGUUUACACGAGCAUCUGAAAAGCAAGUUGAAGCUUUCUCCAUAUACAGAAAACAAUCAAAAGCUUUUGGUGUAUUCAAAUUUGCAGCUACUACGACUCAUUGAUGUGGAAGAACAUAGUCAACAAGUGCUACUGUUUGUGCUAGCAACUCAGAGAUGGUUUAAUCCUCAUCUAUCGUGGAACUCAACUUAUUAUGAAAAUAUCGAUCACUUGAUUCUCAAAUCUUCAGAUGUGUGGCAGCCGGAUAGCUUGUUGCACGAAAGCACGCUACCUGAUGGUUACGCCAACCCUCCGUUAUCUGAACUAGAGACGUACGUGAAAAUCAAUUCGAACGGUACUUGUGAAUGGAUUGGAGAGAUUGUAAUCAAAAAGGACUGCAAUAUCCAUCUUAAACAGUUCCCCUUUGACGAGCAUAAAUGCAGCAUCAUACUUACUUCAAGUUAUUCUUCUAAAAACCGUCUUGGGUUCAUUCUACAAGAUCCAGAGAAACGUAUAGAUGAAAGAUUUAGGAAUAAAGAAUGGGAAUUGAAAAUUAUGGAAAUAAACGAAUCAGAAAUGAUUGUUGGUGUAAAUGAGCAGUCGUCAAUAAAGUUAAAAUUUAGUUUGCACAGAAACGCAUAUGCUUAUUACGUAAAUUUUUUUGUUCCGUGUAUUCUCUUAUCGAUUUUAAUGAUUCUCGCGUUCCUUAUUCCAUUACCUUCGCUCAACCGUCACAACCACGCGUUAAAUAUAUUACUAACUAUUAUCAUAUUCGAGCAGCUUACGAUGGAUAUUUUACCGCCCUAUGCAUUUCCUGUUCUAUCCGAAAUGUACUUUUGUACAAUGUUAUUGUCAUUUUUGUCUUUAGUAAUCGUAACGAUGGGCUUAAAUAUGUUUUAUCGGGAAGGGAAAGUUAUUUCUCGCUUUGUACACGUUAUUGUUAUCGAUUGGUGCGCAGUUGUUGUUUUAAUGACACGUCGGUAUUAUAACUACACAAACGGAAAACACGAUAUUGACCCGAUAAGUGUUAAUCGAUGCAUUCAAGCAUUAAAUCAAUUGAAAGAAAACACGAAUUUAAAACGAGAGAAUAGUAGAAGUGAAAAUAUCGACUUUGCUGUGCAUACGAAUAUCGACUUAGCUGUGAAUAUAAAUGUCGAUUUUGAUAACGCUGACUACCAAAAUCUAAGAAGAACAAACAAAACAGAAGCCAUUAAGAUGUUAAUAGAAGAAGAAGUAAAAACAUUACCCUUACUGGAUGGAAUGGAGAUAGAAAAUACUAGGAAAGAGCUGCGAGAGAAAAUAACUAGCAGUGUCAACAGAUUGGAAGUUGAGGCGGUGAUAAGAUCGACUGAUCGUUUAUUUUUACUCAUGUAUGUGUUAACAAUGGGAAUGAUAGCAUUAUAUGCUGUCAUGUCUUCAGAAUAAAAAAUAGUACAAGUGUAUAUAAGUAGCGGCGCAAUGCUCAAAUGUCAACAGUAACACCGUUGUUUAUAAGCACGCAUUGCUAGCUUCAGACGUUGAAAUUAGUACUAACACCUUACUUAAAAAAUAAGGUCAUGAAUACAGAUUUGAUUAUAUCUACAACUUCGAAUUCUUUCUACUAUAACAAUGAUUUUUUAGUGAAAAAGUGCCAUCGUCAUUUUGUGGGGAAAAAAUAUUUCUUAGUGAUUUGUUACUUAAGUAGAGCGGGCAUAUGCGCUGUUGUUUAUAAAAUAUACGCUUGCGUUAUUGUAUAUUAACCUUUUUUACCAGAAUGUUAAGCAAUCUACUACUUGAAAUCGAAUUUUAAAAAGGUUAAAUUUUACAAA